AAUUAUGAAUUGGCAACGAAAAUUCUAGAAACAACCCUCCCUCACGGCUGUCAAUGAUUUUUCUUAUAUUAGUAGCUUUCACACCACUGCUUCCCUCGCCGCUGUACGUUUCCUCCCCAUUUUCAAUCAUCCGUCUUCGCCCUUAGUCUUAGGUUGGUUGAAUCGAUGGCGUCCAAGCGUAUCUUGAAGGAGCUCAAGGAUUUGCAGAAGGAUCCUCCCACAUCAUGCAGCGCCGGUCCUGUGGCCGAAGACAUGUUCCAUUGGCAAGCAACAAUUAUGGGGCCUAGCGAUAGCCCUUAUUCUGGAGGCGUGUUUCUCGUUUCCAUUCACUUCCCUCCUGAUUACCCUUUUAAGCCCCCCAAGGUAGCAUUCAGGACUAAGGUCUUCCACCCAAACAUCAAUAGCAAUGGAAGUAUUUGUCUUGACAUUCUCAAAGAACAAUGGAGUCCAGCAUUAACCAUAUCCAAGCCUUGGUAGCAAUAAGGUUGCAUGCUUGUGAGACUCAGUGCCUGGGUUUGACUUCUAGAAACAACCCCUUUGCAAAGCUAAGAUAAAGCAACUUACAAAAAUGAAUGUGUCAUAUUCCUAGCAAAACAGGGAGCUUCGUGCACUGCCAACAUGUACAAGAAGAGCCAAUGUAUAAUAACUAUAGUCUUGAAAAUGAUGGUAUAUUUCUGUCACAUGAAUUGUUAACCUCAAUAUCUAGUCAUGCAUGGUUAUCACAUUAUCUUAAUGUGGAAAGUUAUUACUCCUUGUUAAUGACACAAGCAUCUUGGAAGGAGUUUAGGUGUGAAAGAGCAGUUACUGUCUCUAAUUGUAAUUGUCUUUAUUGUUUGUGCGGCACAUUGUAAAAUCAUCACCAUUGAUAUUUAAUUAUUUUAAUUUAUUAUGAGGCAGUAGUAGUUGUACCGGUUGAUGUCACAAUGCUAUACAAUGGAGCAAGACCAUAUCAAUUAUCUUCGUUCACUGUCAUCUUAUGAAUCUUUUCCAUAUGAAGGUGGUGUUGGACUUUCAUAAUUCCCUUGCUAGAGGGUUGUGCCGCAACGUAAAUUUUGCCACAUUGUUCUUUUGCUUGGAUUUGUAUUGUCAAUGUGAGGUUUAGAAGUCAAUUGACAUUAUGGAAGCCAUGCAACUGACCUUAACUUGGCUAGAAUAAGAUACAAUUGAUGAUGAUGUACGAGGAGCAGAUUCUUGUCUGUCCAUUGCCUUUUUAUUCAUUAUAUGCCCCUAUCGUUGAUUUUAAAUCUAGAUAUGUUUUUGGGGUGGUUGAUAUGAUCUUGGUACCCUAGGAAGGAAAAAAGAAAGUGGGUAUUUGGAAUUUUGGACUAUUAUUUUUUUAUUGGCUUAAGUGUAGAGUUGGGGCAUUGAUUAGCCUGUCACCUUUUACAAGAAUUUUUGGCCAUUCUUUGUAGCUACUUCUUUGUUUUCACCGUUGCAUAUUUGAACCAAUUUUUUUGGACAUGAAAAGCUUGUGUACUAGGUACUUUGAUUGUCCUUUGUAUAUGCUGGUGUUAUUUGUCUUAUUAGUGAAUAAUUUUCAGCAGGAAGAGUCAUUAGUGAUGAUCCUGAGCAUUUUCUUCAAUGCAAUUAGUUAGAAUUGAAAUAAAGUAAAUGAAAUCUCAACCAGAAAGAAAUAAAAACUAUAUAUAUAUAUAUAUGCUUAUAUAGGAGAGGUUCACACCUCUUUCACAACCAUUUCUUAAAUCAAGCUCACAGCUUAAGUGUGUGUUGAAAGUUAAAAGUCAGCUACAACCUUAAUUGACCACAGCGCUCUCUUUUGGUACCAAGAUUUAAUUACUUAUUUUAACAUCUUUUCCAUAUAUAGCACUGAGUCACCGUCUCUUCACCUGCCUGGUAUGUCAUAUGUUAAGCACCUUCCUCCCACCCUGCCCCACCCAAAUUCACUAAUGUUAUAACUAAGUGAUCAGGGAAAAUGUACGUCAAAUCCAAUGGCAGGCCACCCCAAAUCCAACCCAAAUCAACUACUAUUAUAACUAAGUGAUCAGGGAAAACGUACAUCAAAUCCAAUGGCUGGCCAAUUUGGGUAUGUGGGGGCAUGGUGAUGUCGCAAAACAAUGGAGGGGAGACCCGUCUGGGUUUUCCAGCUAUCUAUUGACAGUGUCCCUUUGUAUAUGGGUAAUUCAGUAGAGUCCUGCACCUUUUGUUCAUGUUAAUGGUAAACAUUGAAUUAUAUGAAUGUGAGAUGCAGGCCUUUGUUUAAUUGGUUAUUUCAGAUGAAUUGUUUCUCUCUUUUUGGAAGCUAACACUCUUUUAUCGUUUAUAAUUGUAUGGCCUCAAUCUAUGUGUAUAUCUAUGUGUCUAUGAAGUAUAGGAAGUAGAUGAAGAUAAUUGUUAAUUAUUUAUUCCUGUUAAAACUAUACAGGUGUCCACACAUAUUUGAGCCCAUUAAAAUUAAAUGGGAUGGGUAUAAGUUGUAGUAAAGAUAAAUAAAUUAAGGGGUACAUGUGAUUGGAUUUUCAUUUAUGCUUAGGUUGAGGCUAAUUUGGAUUUUCUAUUUAUGGUAGAGAAACUAGCUGAACAGAAGAGUAAGGUGUUUUCAAAUGCUUGCAGCCUAAGAUCAUAAUGCCAAUUUAAUUUAAUGUGUGAAUUGGAGAAAUUCCCAGAUUUUCCUGUAGAGAUCUAAAGGAUUGUCACAGGCUCAAAGAAUGCAAUUUCUUUGUAGUCUUUUGGGAAUCAGAAAUUGUGUUCUAAGUGCAAUGAAAAUUUUCAGGUACUCCUCUCCAUUUGUUCCUUGUUGAC